AUGCGUUUAACAGAACGUGAUGUCGAAUGUUUGGAAAUGCAUCAUGCUGGUUUUAUAGCUCAAAAACGUCUUGCGCGUGGACUUCGAUUGAAUCAUCCAGAGGCAGUUGCACUUAUUUCAUGUCAAUGUUUGGAACUCAUUCGGGAUGGUGGUCGUGGAUUAGCCGAAAUUCAACAAAGUGCAAAAAAAAUGUUGGGAAAACAAAUGGUAAUGAAUGGUGUACCACAAAUGUUGAAAGAAAUUCAUAUUGAAGGAACAUUUCCAGAUGGACUUAAAGUUGUUAAUAUUCGUAAUCCCAUAUGCACUGAUCAAGGUGAUCUUGAGUUAGCUUUAUAUGGAAGUUUUCUACCACUACCGUCUCUGGAACGUUUUCAGCAAAAUGGUGAUGUUGAAUCCGGCUCACAUCCCGGUGAAAUAUUUUUGAAAGAUGCGCAACCAAUCGCUAUUAAUAAUGAUCGUGAUAGUACAUUUCUUACAGUGACGAAUGAAAGCAAUGAACUUAUUUCUAUUGGAAGCCAUUUUCAUUUUGUUGAAGCAAAUCGUCAUCUAUCAUUUGACAGAAAUCUUGCUUAUGGGAUGCGUCUGGUAGGUGAUAUAUUAACUUUUGCACCCGGUGAACAAAAAGAAGCUCCAAUAAUACCCAUUGGUGGAUUGAGAAUUAUACAUGGCGGAAAUGGUUUAUUCGAUGGACCUGUGAAUGAAGAAAAUUUAAAAAAAAAUCAAAAAAAUUUAAGGAAGAAUAAUUUCUUACAUGUGGAUGAAAAGAAUAAUACAGAAAAGUCAGCACGUCGUUCAACUAAAUACACGAUAACACGCGAGCAAUAUUUAACACGUUAUGGUCCCACAACUGGUGACCGAAUGUUGCUUGGUGACACGAAUUUAGCAAUUCAAAUUGAACUUGAUUUGACAACGUAUGGCGAAGAAUGUACAUUUGGACUGGGAAAGGUGUUAAGAGAAGGCAUGGGACAAGCAUCAAAUACACGAAAUGAUGUUGCAUUGGAUACAGUUGUAACAAAUGUGGUUAUUAUCGAUACUGUUGCGGGCAUCAUUAAAGCUGAUCUAGGCAUCAAAGAUGGAACAAUAUCUGGUAUAGGCAAAGCUGGUAAUCCACAGACAAUGACUGGUGUAACUCCUGGUAUGGUUAUUGGUGUUGGAACCGAAGUUAUUCAAGGCGAAGGUCUUAUACUAACAGCCGGUGCAAUCGACGGUGCCGCAUGUUUCACUUCACCCGACGUGAUAACCGAAGCAGUAAUGGGAGGUGUAACGACAAUGUUUGGUGGCGGUACCGGAACUCUUGGCUCUGUAACGAUGUCAACACCAGGGCCAAAUCAUAUCAAAUACAUGAUACAAGCGACAGAUGAUUAUCCACUAAAUUUUGGUUUCUAUGGUAAAGGAAAUACAUCGAAAACUGAAGGUUUAGCGAAAGAGUUAGAAGAUCAAAUUGUAGCCGGAGCAAUUGGUCUGAGAUUAGAUGAACGUUGGGGAGCAACACCAUCUGCAGUUGAUACGUGUUUAAGAGUAGCUGAAUAUCAUGAUAUUAGCGUUCAUGCCGAUCUCGAUAGUUUACAUGAAGCGUAUAGUGCACCCGAUGCUAUUCAGAUGUUUCGUGAUCGUGUUGUUAUCAUUCCAUGUACAGAGACGGCAGCAGCCAGAAAAAACUUUUUUGAUUUAUUACAACAACCAAAUGUUAUCAUCACUUCAUGUAAUAACAAAGCAGCUGUUUACAGACAACCAGGUGAAAAUCAAAAACAAUUUGCUAUUGAAGAUUUUUUACAUGAUUUGGGAGCAAUAAGUAUAAUAUCAUCUUCCUCACAAUCGGGUGGUCAUGUUGGCCGAAUUGUAUCACGAACAUGGCAAAUUGCGGAUAAAAUGAAAGAAAUCAGUGGUUAUUUACCGGAAGAUAAUGAAAAUGCUAAUGAUAAUUUUCGCGUAAAGCGUUAUCUUGCCAAAUAUACGAUAAAUCCGGCAAUAGCACAUGGAUGUUCACACGCACUUGGUUCGAUUGAACAAAAUAAAAUGGCUGAUCUCGUGUUAUGGCAACCGGCAUUUUUUGGUGUUAAACCAGAAAUGAUUAUCAAAGGUGGUCAAGUUUCAUGGUCACAAUCUGGUAUUGGUUUAUAUGCUGAUGUUCGACCACAACCAGUUUGUUUUCGAAAAAAAUUUGGUGCUAUGGGUCGCAGUCCAAGCGCUAAUUCACUAUUAUUUGUUUCGAAAGCUUGUGCUGAAUUGAAUACAUCAAAUACUUAUGGCAUAUUCAAACAUAUUGAAGCUGUGAGAGACAUUCGAAAUGCUACACGUUUAUCAAUGAUUCAUAACGUAACUGCUCCAAAAAUUGAUGGUAACAAAAGAAUAUCUGAUUGUACAGAAAGGAUUAUGUUUUUUGCAUUUGUUUUAGUUGAUACUACUACUGGUCAGAUUACUUCAGAAAAAGACGGUGUAAAAACUGUGAAUGAACCGCUACCUCAAGCUGCUCGACUUCCGUUAGCUCAACGUUAUUUCAUGUUUUAA